CUAGCAUCUUCUAGAAUCGUUCUCUGGAACUUUCCAGCUUACUGGUGUGUCUCUGUUUAUAUAACUAAACAUCGCGAGACUUCAAACCGUAAAACGUCUCAAAUUCAGAAUCCGAAGAAGACUAUAACUCAUAAAAACUAUCUCAAUUUCCAGUAAUCAGUCUUUUUUGAUCGAAGAAAUGAGUGCUGUCGCGAUUAACCACUUGUUUGGCUUGCCGGAGACGAUCGAGAAGUUGAUCUUCCCGGCUUCUCGCUCCGGCGAGGGUAACGAGAAUCGAGGAGGAAACAAUAAUAAUAAUAUUCCAAUCGACAUUCUGGAAUCUUCCAAAGAAUACAUCUUCUACAUCGACAUUCCCGGAAUCUCCAAAUCCGAUAUCCAGGUAACUGUGGAGGAAGAGAGGACUCUGGUGAUAAAGAGUAACGGGAAGAGGAAAAGAGAGGAUCAUGAAAGUGAAGAAGGAUGCAAGUACAUUCGGCUCGAGAGGAGACUCCCUCAGAAUCUGGUGAAGAAAUUCCGGUUACCGGAAGAUGCUGACGUGGCGGCUGUCAAGGCUAAAUAUCAGGAAGGGGUUUUGACAGUCACCGUUGAGAAGCUACCGCCGCAACCGCCGAAGCCUAAGACGGUUCAAAUCGCGCUUUCUUGAACGGUUUAUAGUUCUUGAACGGUUUAGAGGCAGACCGGGUUUUUUGUAUGUUUGUUAGUUUGUAAAAUUGUUGGACCGGUGUGUGUUGUAGUUUGUUCAAAAGUGUUACCUUUAAGAUAAAGAAGGGAGCUUUCUAUA